GUGUGCGCAUGCGCGGAGGGAGCUUGGGCCACGUCGCUGGGGAAAGCAGGCGGCGGUGGGGGGGCGAUGAAGCUCCUGGCGUUGUCGGCUCUGGCCCUGCUGGCCCUCCUGUCCGGCGCCCGCGGUGAGGAGGGAGGCGCCCGGCUGCUGGCCUCCAAGUCGCUCCUCAACCGGUACGCGGUGGAGGGCAAAGACCUGACCCUGCAGUACAACAUCUACAACGUCGGCUCCAGCGCCGCCUUGGACGUGGAGCUGACCGACGACUCCUUCCCCCCGGAAGACUUCGGCAUCGUCUCCGGGAUGCUCAACGUCAAGUGGGACCGGAUCGCCCCGGCCAGCAACGUCUCCCACACGGUGGUCCUCCGGCCGCUGCAGGCCGGCUACUUCAACUUCACCUCGGCCACCGUCACCUACCUGAGCCAGGAGGAGGGGCCCGUCGUGGUGGGCUUCACCAGCGCCCCCGGCCAGGGCGGGAUCCUAGCGCAGCGGGACUUUGACCGGCGGUUUUCUCCACACUUCCUGGACUGGACGGCGUUUGGAGUCAUGACCCUGCCUUCCAUCGGCAUCCCCCUGCUGCUGUGGUUCUCCAGUAAGCGGAAAUACGACACCCCCAAGCCCAAGAAGAACUGAGCUCCGCGGCCCCUCGGACCACCCGCCCCGUGGACGCUUGGCCCUUGGGACCAGACCCCCCGCGCCCCUCCGUCCCCCGCUGCCGUUGACCACCUGGGGAAGAGCUGGUGGGCCGGGGGGGAACCGGUGCCAGGGCUGGCCCUGCCUUUCUUUUCUAAUAAAACGGACGACAGCCGCCA